AUGGCAUUUCAAAAUUAUCGACUGAGAAAUGCUGAAACAUGGCGAGCAUUUCAUAACAGGCAACGAUUGGAUGCAAAUUAUAUAACAGAAUCGUUUGAUUCUGGAUUUUCAUUGUUAAAUAUUCGUCGGAAUGAUUAUCAAAUCAAACAAAGACGUAAUUUACAGGUAGAUGAUGUUCUUUGGUGUUGUUCGUUUAUUCUAACUGUGUGGUAUUUUGAGCUUCCAUUACCAUUAUUUAUUGAUCCUCGAGUUGAUUGGUGA